AUGGGAGGCGAGGACGCAGAGACUCUUCUUGCUAGGAAAUACCACUGGCAUCGUAGAGCUGUUCAUGCCCUCAAAUGGUCCCGCGACGGCAAUUACAUGAUCUCUGGAGGCUCGGAACAGACUCUGGUUAUGUGGCAGAUAGACACGGGCAAGAUGAACUUCCUUCCGCAUCUCGCAGGUGUUGUUGAAAACCUCGCUGUAUCUGAAACUGGCGCUUCGUACCUUGUUCAUCUCGACGACAAUUCAGUCAUGGUUUUGUCAACGGCGGAACUUGAGCCCACUGUAUACGUGUCGGGCAUUCAGUCCGCCACCCGUAGCUCCCGGAUACCCAAAGAUCAAUGGGUAUCGAGGGUCUCUGCGCCGCGUCAUGUGCCAACUCUAAUUCCCGCGGCACUUCAUCCAGAGAUACCGGAUAGGCUUUACCUUUGCGUUGGAGGCGGCAACCAAGCUACCUUGACGGCGGACGCUCUUUCUGCCCCUUUCCUACAAACCGUGGACCUCGAGUCGUUUAGGAGUAUCUCAAAGCAGGCCAUUGCCCGAACCCAUCCCUCCGACGCCAAUUUCACUGCGCAAGGAGAGGCGGUGACGGACCCGCAAGUUACGCAUCUUGCGUUUUCGCAUGACGGCAAAUGGCUGGUCACGGUGGAUGAAUGGAGCCCGCUUCAAAAGGAUGAGCUCAAUCUUGGAGAAGACCAAGAGCGAACUCUCACCCGCGACAAGCGGGAGAUUCAUCUCAAAUUUUGGGAGGCUGGCAGUGAUGCGGAUGGUGCAGAUCUCUUUGGCCUUGUUUCCCGCAUCAACUCACCUCACGUAACAAGCACUCCUGAAGCCAUCUUUGGAUUGGCGGCUGAUCCCAGCUCGACAAAAUUUGCGACCGUGGGCAACGACGGACUUGCCAGAAUCUGGCGGCCGAAGGUGCGCCAGCAAGAUGGGCUCACCGCAACCCGUGAAAAUGGACGGGUUCUUCACACAUGGUCAUGCACCCAAAUCAUCCCUCUUGGUAAUCAGCUUUCGGUCGAGAGUGUCGGCGCCAUGCCUGCGGCGAAGAACCAGGGUCGCAUACAGUUUUCCGAGGAUGGCUCUACCCUCUUUGUCGCGUACGGUACGAUGGAGGAUGGCAACAUCUACAUUAUCGACGCCCGAUCCGGGAGGUCAAGGCAGUACUGGACGGGCUAUGGCAUGGCACCCUGCUAUCACUACGACGGAUACCGGGGUGAAGCUGCCAUCCAUCUUGGGGUCGACUUAAGAACGCAGCAUUUUGCCCUUACACUUCCAACCACUACGGGCACGGAAAUCUGCGUGUUUAGGCCUGACACGCUAACGCCCGUCCUGCUGAACAAAAUUCCUGGCCGGGUCAUCAACCUAGUAACGAGCCCGCAUUCGAGUGGGUUCAUCGUUCUAGAUGACCAGGCUCAACUGCGAACCAUUGCCGAGGGCACCGAUGCGGACGCUCUCGCAAUAGCGAAGCCGUUGGAAGAAAUGAGGCUCGACACCGUCGAAGCUGAGAUUAAUGGCGAGGUCCAUGCAGCACCACUCAGCGAAUUCUUCAGCGAAGCAUUUAGCGAUGACGAAGGAGAUGACGAGGAUGGAAAAGAGGGCGGAAUGGAUGUUGAUUCAGACGAUGAAGCGGCCCAUCCGGCGGUCGUCAACCAACCCCAACUAGCUGCAAUCUUCGACACAGCACCGGCGUUUGCCAUGCCAGCAAUCGAGGACGUGUUUUAUAAGGUCGCGGGCCUUCUAGCUACGAAAAGACGAAUACAACAGCUGCAUAAGCUGACCUAUAGGAAGGACAGCUUGCUUUAG